AUGCUUGUGACGGUUAUAUUAUUAUCGAUAACAUGCGGUAUAGUAAAAAGCUCUGGAUUUCAUCCGGUUGCUCCAGCUGGUGGAGCGCCGGUAGUUACAGCUGCAAGUUCACAAUAUUUUGAAAGAACAUUUAAUCGCCUUUUCGCAGCACCAUUACAACCCUUUAUUCCUGUAGCACCAGCGCCAGCUAUUCCAGUAGCACCAGCGCCACAGCCUAUUAUACCAGUUCUACCUCUCCCUCCUGCUCGACCGGUUAUUGUAGAUGCGUCCAGAAACACACCUUCGAUUAAUCCAACUAAUCCACCACCAUCACAAAGUGCUCCUUUGGAUCCAAAUGUGGCUAUCGCUGUUGCAACUGCUCAUGCUGCAGCUCCCGUUGCAACUAUUCUUCUGCCACCUUAUCCAUUUGGAUUACCACCCUCAUUCGGAUUUAUACCACAAUCACCACAAGCUCCGACACAGCCGUCAGACAAUUCUAAAAUCAACAGAGAGUCAACGACAACAAGAACAACUUCAACCCAAGUAACAACAACCGAAAGAGAGAAAGAAGCUACAACACCGGUACCAUCAAAUAUAGACAAUAGUUUUGCGCAGGCUUUACCUUCGAACCAGAAUGUGAAUUUCAAACAAUAUUUGGCACCAGCACCUGCGUCGAGACCGUUAACGAAUCUGAGACCUCAAAAGGUCAAAACCAAUGUAGAAGUGGUGCCUGUGCCACUAGCGUAUAUUGCUCCACCACCGCUUGAUCUACAUCACCAUCAUCACCACCAACAUCACCACCAUCACCAUCAAAAUCAAGCGCUUAAAGUCGUUCCGCAUAUUCAUACAUUCAUACCAAAGACAAGAAUAAUAAUCAGACCUGUCACGUCGCCUUUACGAGUAAGAACAGUUACAAUUCCGACAGGAUUUGCUACGUAUGGACCACCAAAGUUGGUUAAAAAAGUGGUGAAAAGGUACCCUCAAAAUAUAAGAUCACGAUCACGAGAUACUGAACCUACUACAUUUCGUCCUCUGAAUGUGCCUCUUACUAAACCACCCAGGGUAUAA